AUGAAGUCUGCAUUUGAGGAAUCAUCAGAGCCGUCGCUGCUUUUGCUCAUAACCACGUUGGAUGGCGCAGGCUUUGGUCUUUGUCGUGAACUACGCAGCCGUCGCCGACGAGCCCGAAUGACUACCGGACCAGCAGAACUUUCUGUGGGGGGAGGACUCUGUCCUGCGGUCAAGACCGUCAUCCCUAUGCCUGUCGACUCAUUUUGCCUUUUCGGCGAGGCAAAAGAAGGGUUCUCAUCGUCGUGA